AUGUUUAUUUAUUUAAUUAUUUUUUUGCUUCUACCAACAGCACCGGAAACAAAUGCUUUUCCAAAUUUAUACAAAGGCAUUUGUAAUGCAUAUAACACGGUGAGUUUAAUUAACAAUCCAUUGAAUGGUUCUACAGAAAUAAUUUUGGAGAAUUAUUUCAAAGAAUUUCUUUCAACGGAAGACCCCAAUCAAAUUAACAUAAUGUAUCUGAAAAUAUCGAUACUUUCUCAAGUAUUUUUAAUGGAAAUUGCUUUGGACAGAGUUGAGGCAGGAGAUAAUAUAGGAUUAAUUGCACGAUUAGCCAUGCUGUGCCCAGUUAACUUAUUGCCUUAUGAAAUACGUUUGUGUGAUAUAGUAGCAACUUUUAAAACAGAAUAUAAAAAAUUAGUAGAAAAAAAUUUUGAAAAAAAUAUUCAAAAAUAUUCUCCAAAAGACUGCGUUUCUGCAGAUGACGAAAAAAGGAAAAAAAUAUUUUUGGAAUUUCAAGAAGAAAUUUGGGAGGCUAAUUUUAUUGUUUUCUUUAAUCAUUUUAAAAAUGAAAAGGGAGAGUCUUUUCAAAAAAUUUUGCGGUACGUUUUAUUCUGA